AUGCUGGCUGAGCCAUAUGGCAAUCCAUACCCGGCGGGUGAUGCACCGAAAUUGCGAACUGCGUGCGAGAACUGCCGACAAUCCAAGGUGAAGUGUAAUCUGUCCGGCAAGAACGCCUGCACUCGGUGUCUACGCCACAGCCUGCAGUGUCAGUACGGCUUCGCCAACCGGUCCGGCAAGCCAAAGGGCAGCAAAAAUCGAUCCACGCUCCGGAAAUUGGGUCAGCUGAAGGAAGAAAAGCCGCGGUGUAGAUUGGGUCCGAUACGAGGGCAUGGGUCGGUGGCUGAUAUGGAGCCGUUUAUUCCAACCGUUUAUAUGGGGCGACUUUCUGAGCCGCUCGAUGAUGACGUUAGCCAGCUAGGGUUGUGGGAAAGUCCACGAAGCUUCGGCAGUGUCGCCACGCUCGAGGCAUCUGUCUACCCUGGGCAACUGACGUCCGAGUCGCUACAGAGGCUGGAUAGCUCACCGUUAGCCGAUGUCGCGGAUCCUAGCUGCGCAUCUCUCCCCGCUGGACUUGAAUAUCCUCAGACACCUGUCACGCCUGCAUUCAUACCCCGAGAUUCCAUGACUACCGAAACUUCUGGUUUAUCACUGGCAGGCUCCGUUUCCUCUCUCUAUCUCCAACCACCAUGCGAGUGUGUGGAGAGGCACCUCUUCCACAUGGACCGUCUCAGCCAUCUGGUAGCUCAGUCGGUGCCGCCGCGAUUCGACCAUAGUCUACAGGCUAUCAGGACCUCUUUCCAUGCAUGCCAAAUAUUCAUUCAGUGCAGCAAGUGCGCCAAAGAUAGCUCGAAUCUACUCCUGACGAUCUCGGCCCUCAACCUCACCUUACAGCUUUUCGAAUAUUGGGUGUCGCAAGAGACAUCUCGGACCUCGCGGCCGGACCGCGGACCCGAUCUUCGCUAUGGAUACUACGAGACCGGCCAUGAAGAGAACCGGCAGAUCCGCAACUUUCUCGUCCGGGCCCUAUUACUACAAUGUCGGAGUGUACUGUCGGUGUUAAAGACCGCCAUCAACUCAGCUGCUCUUCCAUCACCAAAGCUGGUCGAUGUUGAGAGAUCUGCCGAGCCGACACCAACCGAGGACUGCAUCGGCUGCGUGUCAUUUUGUGCAACAGUCCCGAAUCUGGACCCCGAUUUUUUGAACGGCACCCCUGGCAGCAGACAGCUGCUGCCAAUCGUCGUGGGUUAUGAAGCAACGGUGGAGGCAUUUUUGUAUUCGAUGUCGUCGGCAGGUUGCAUCUGCGGUGGCAUGAGAAGUUGA